AUGGGGUUCCCCGAUCCCCAACGCUCGUUCUAUAAAUUUGCACGCUACAUGCUGCGUUUCAGUCGCAGAACUAAAGCCGGGAACAGGAUGCCUUUCCAAGUGGUCUCCCUCCUCCUGGUCUCGCUCAGUGUUGUGCUGAUGGAGGAAAACGGCACCAGGGCAAACACAAAGAUCCUCCAGAGACGGUAUUCCGAGGGGACGUUAGCAAGCGAUUACAGUCGAACUCUGGACAACAUGCUGAAGAAGAAUUUUGUGGAGUGGCUCUUGACCAGAAGAGAAAACAAGAUGGAUAACAGCCUUGACCCAUCCAAGAGAGAAGUUGAAUCCCCAGCAUUAAAUACACACUUUCAAGGAACUGAAGCUAGAUCUCAGGAAGCAAAGGAUUUCUUUAUUUGCCUUCUGCAACAAAGCCUUAUUCUGCCGAAUGGUUUUGAUCAGUGGAAGGACAUUUUGAAGGAGGAAUUUCUGGACUGGCUGAUUUCUGCUGACCUCUGCAGGCCAAUGGGACAGUAGCCCCAGGGCUUCCUGAAGAAAGAAGACGGAUUCACUUCUGUCCCUUGUUGGUUUUGUACCUUUUGCUCACGAGAGUUGAACUUCAUGAUGA